CCCCCCUCCCGACGAUGACGCCACCGCGCCACAAACAGAAGGACAGUGGGGUGACGUCAGGUCGCGGGCGGCGGCACAAGUAAACACAACAGCAAAACAGAAUAUGGCGAGCGCGGUGAUGCGGGGCGCCGAGGGCGGCAGCCAGGGCGCCGAGGAAGGGGCCGCUGCGGCCUUCACUCGCCCGGCUCAGGGCGGUGGGCAGGAUUCGCCGGAGCCGGGCUGGCCCGAGCCGGAUUCACUCUGGCGUCCGCUCUUCAGCUGCCUGGAGACGGCCGUAAGCUGGCGGCGGCCGGGCUACAGCGCGGCGGUGUUCCUGGGCUGCAACGCUCUGUUCUGGUUUCUUGCUUUAACACCAUGGAGGUUGUAUUCCCUUGUUGCUUUGGCCUUCCUUUUGCUGGUUGCUAUGGAAAAUAUAAAGACUUUGACUCUGUACCUCGUGAAAGGUUGGAAGAAAAACAAGAGCCUUAAUGAAAGUUGGAAAGUGACUGAAACUAAACAGGAGAGCACACCAAGGGUUAGUCAGUGUAUCACAGAGUCAUGGACGAGUUGUGCGGUGUUCUUUGAGGAAAUGUCCCAUUUCAAAAAGCAAAACCCUGGGAAGUUUUGCCUUCUUGUUUGUAGUUUCUGUACGUUUUGUGCCAUUAUUGGACGCUACAUACCAGGUGCUCUGGUAUCAUACUUCUUGUUGUUGUGUGUCCUGUUGUGGCCUUUAGUAACCUCAUAUGACCUGUGGCAUCGUAUUCGCAACAAGGUUGAGCCAAUUUUGCAGCGACUGGAUUUUGGUCUGAAGGACUAUGUGCAACAUUUGCAGAGAAGAAUAAAAAUGAAACGGAAAGAAUUGGCUGAAAGGAAAUCAGAAGAUGAGAGUGAAGCAGACACAUCAGCUCUUUGUCCCAAGAUAAGUAGCUCAGGAGCUGGCAAAGAACUAUCUAUUUCAGACACAGAACUAUCAGAAACAUCCUGGACAGAAAAUGGAACCUUUAAUUUGUCAGGAGGUCAUACCCCACAGACAGAUGCAUCAGAUGAUUUAGAUCGUCCGAGUGAUCAUGAAGAAGCAUUUGCCAGAGAUCUUCCAGAAUUUCCUUCAAUAGAUAAUAAAGGAACAAUAGAUGAUGAUGACGACUCAAGUAUCGGCAUUCCUACUCCCCCAAUUCCCACUCUGGAAGCGGAUUCAUGUCAGGAAGACAUAGGAACUGCUGUGGCUGGGCUUGCCCUAAACUUGUCCAAUGAGCAAAGCCUUAACCUGAUCAGUACUAUGGCAAGUGAGGCCAUUGCUGUAGCUGUGUCAUCUGCUGUGAAAGGCCAGUUGCAGGCUAUUGAAGCCAAGCCCACCACAUCACCACAGCUAAACUCGAGUGAAGAAACUGAUACUGAGGAGGGUGACUUUGAGUUGCUUGAUGAAUCUGAGUUAGAGCAAAUUGAGAGCGAAUUAGGACUGGAUCAGGGCCAAGCAGCGAGACAUGAAGUCAAUGAUGGCAAAUCAGGCUUUCUCUCAAACCUACUGGGAGGUCAUUAAACCUUCUUUCAGGGCUGGAGAAUAAAUAUGCAGACCAUAUCUGAGCAACAAAACAAACACAAGCUAGAAGCUUAUUUACUGCAGAUGCUCCCCAAAAAAGAGCCAAACUUCAUAAAUAUGAUCUUGUGAAUAUGGAACUAAGUGCAGCAAAGAAAAGAUGAUGCAAAGUGAAAUAUUACUGCACAUUUAAUAAUCUAGUUAUUGAAGGAACUGAUUUGAUUUGUGUUAUUUGGUAUAAUGGGCCACCUAUUUUCUGUGUGUUGUCUGACUAUAAUCUUUAUGCCUUGAAUUAACAGCAUGGAAAUUAAUCCUGUCUUGUCAAUCUGAGUUAACGACUAGCUUUAAAUGUUUUAACUGACUCAUAUGGCAAAUCUAAAAGUCAGAUAUUCAACAAACACAAUUUUUUCUUUGAAUUGUGUGCAGAAACAGACAAUCAAUAGUCAGCUUCUCCCUGGCCUUGUAGCAAGUUGGACUGCUAAGAAAACAACGUACCCCUUUUUGCGAAUAUUUGCUGUAUUUUAAAUAUUUUAUAAAGUCCAGUCCUGUUUGAAGUCUUUAACUCGUAUGUUAUGGUAGCUUUGCCAUUUUCGUUGCACUUAAGUGGAAUGUUCAAAGUAAGCUUAGUAGAGGCAUGUUUCAAAUCUGAGAUUAAUAAUCCAUUUCCAUGCUUGUUCUUUUUUCAAUUACAUAAAACCAAUCUGUACUGCACUUUCUGCCUUAUUGAACUGCAGAUUCAAAGGUAAAAAAAAAUCACAUUAAAGUUUAGUUUAAGUUGCAUAUUGCAAAUUAGUUCUUAUAGUUUUUUGUUUUGAUUUAUAACACUUAAAAAUUAUCCUUUGCACACAUGUCACUUUGUUCUUUUAGGUAAUGGGCUUUACUCUUUUAAAAAAAAUUACGUAUUUUUAUUUCUCCACGUUGAACAAUUUGCUUUAUUGCUGACCAGUGAGUCCAUGGCAAUCAAACUUCAUGCAGGAAAGAAUGUCAAAAACAUGUUAAACAUACCUUGAAAUUGAAGCUAAUUCAUGUUAUUAAUUGGUAUUAGUUUCUGAUGCCCACUUUGGAUAAAGACAUGCCUGAACCAUGGGCAAAGCAAUCCAUGGCCUGGAUUUUAGCCUGGGAUAAGCUCUUGGGGUGGGAGGGGGAAGGGGGGGGGUGAGAUAUUGUAAAUGUAAAAAACUUAAUGGAAUGGGAUUCCCACAUUCAGACCCUGCUUGACAUUAAGAAGAACUUCAGGGGAGGAUGAGUGGGGUCAGCUUGCUUUAAAAACUAAAGCAACAAGUAGCUAGGAGAGAGAUUGGGGCUGUUGGCAGAAGAUUAGAUCACUGGGAGUGGGUCCCAAUGGUGUCAAAUUAUCAAUUAGUCAUUGGUUUGUGGGGUAAGGGAGCAGGAGAUGGUAGGAUUCAGUAGUAGAGUGUGGGAUGGGAGUAGAGGUUUGUAGAAUGCAGAUAGUUUCCUAAGGAAGAAUGAUACUGCUAAGCUUGUUGGACCUUGAGGAAUCACACCAGCAGCUUCUGGCCCAAAGGCACUUGUAUUUUCAGCAUUUCACCUGUUUUCAUCUUGCGUUUAGUCCUGUCACCUAGGACUAAAAAUAAACCCUCGACUAAGAAGAAGGCAGAUAACCCCAUUAUAAAUGUUUAAUGAUCAGCCUGCUUCCCACAGCAUCAUACAUGUCCUUCCUCCUCUUAUUCCACCAUUGAAACCAUAUUUGGGUGAUUUAGUGAUGGUUUUGAUUCUCAUUUUAGUUACCUUUACAAAUUAACAUCUGACUUAAUCCCAAACUAUAUGUUUUCAAGAUGCUUUUCUUCCACCCUUAGAGAACAUUUAAAUAUAUACUUAAUUUUUAAAUAUUAUGCAUUUUAAAUAUUACAUUCUUCACUGAAGUGAAAUGGUAAGUGAAUCUAUCAGCUUGGGGAUCAGUAUUUAAAAUUAUUAAUCAGUUCAGUUGAUUAACUAAUACAGAGUGACAUUGGGUAGAAGUGCAAUUUGCUUUUGUCAAACUACAUUAAAGAUAUUUAAGUCAGUAUUAACUUGACAUAUUUUGGUUAAUCCUAUUAAACUUUGAAUUGAGCAUGGAGCAAUUUUGUUAAACAAGUCGCUCAAAAACUCUUUCCUUAACACCAUAAAAAGAGAAACAGGUAACACUUAAUUUGGCAGCCUUGUGUGGAUUUGUGCUCAAAUAAAGUUUUAUAUUCAGUCAUAACUUUUACAACUUUGCAUAAACAAACUUUUACAUUCAUCAGAUCUUUUGGUUCCUUUGAAAGAAACUUGUCCAGUUGAUUCUGAUAUAACAAAUAUGAACUCUAAGUACAAAUGUUCUAGGAACAUUUGUGAGAUAGCUACAAACACUUAAAUUUCUAACAUUAUUCAAGCAGUAUUUGAACAAUUGUUUCAAAGAAAAUAUAAACUCUAGGGAACUGGUUCAGGUCUUAAAGACUUGCCUGUCUCCCUCCCCACCAACCCCAUACAUCCUGAUCUCUGAUCACCACCCCCAACCCCCUUCAACUAUUAAUCCUUCUCUGCAACUACCAAACCUACCGUAUCUUGUUUCCAUUUCCCCCACCCCACACUGAUUCCACGAAGCUGAUCCUGCCCUGGAUCUUCUCCUCAUUAAUCAGCUUCAACACUACUUUCUGAUCAUGAUCUUGCUCACACUUGAACCUCUCUUUCCCUGCAACCUAUCAUCCCCAGCCUAAAACAACUUUAUGCAUUCUGCUGUCAUGGAACUAAAAGGCCUUGAUCCUUUUAGCAGCAGACUAUUGCUUGAGCCUUGUACUACUGUAAUUCUUAGCUGUAAGCCCGCAAAAAAAAUGCGUGACUGGCUGCAAACAGAUUACUUGAUGUGCUUUUGCAACCAAUUUCUAGGCAACCAUCUUCCAGAUGAGAUGCUAACUUGGUGCUCUGUUUACCUGGCCAAUUGAAAUGAAAGAUUUGUGGCAAUAUAUGAAGACGAGUGUAUGACUAGUUUUGGUAGCCUAGCCAAUGUUUGCUCCUCACUCUCACCUCACCUACAAAGCAAAGUAACGAGUCCUUCAUUCUCCUGCUAUUUGUGGGACAACUGUGUUAGUUAUGAGGCAUUUUAGGAAAUAAAGUGAAAGUGCUUUAUAAAUUUAAGUUUGUUAUUUUAAUACAAUCUAAUUUGUAAGUUUAAAUACUUCCAGAGUUGGAACACAGGCUCAAAAGAUUAUUGGCACAUCUUUAUUGAAAUAAAUCUUGAUUUGUUCAACAUCCCUGUAUACUUGUAGUGGAAUUCAGUGAUUGUGACCGUGCAGUAUUCAAGUAAUACAAUUACUAUUAACUGAUGAUUUAUACAUUCACUACUUUUUAUCUAUGCUGCUUAUGCAUAUGCAGGCGUUAAGUUUCAUUUGAUCAUUUAAGUUUCUAAUGCUAAUCAUUUAAAUGUAGCUCUCAAUAUAUGCUUCCUUCAGUUGAGAGUACUAACAAGGUGGUACACAAGUUAACUGAUGAUGCACUGAUAUCAGUGAAGAAAAUGAGAUUUAGGCUAUAUCAGUGAAAUGGUAUACUUGCUGUAGACUAAAUUACAGGUCUAGUAAUUUUCACAGCACAGCAGAAAAGAUUUAUUUCAUAUAUAUUUAGUCUCUUGUUCCAAGAUUUUUGUUUCUUUCUGCACUGAUCAAUUUUAUUUUCAGCUGGCAUUUUGCAUUUCACCGUCCUCUGACUCUAGUGCCAUUGUGUAUGUUUUUGUUUAGAAGAUCUUUUUGUUUGUUUGACAUUGAGUUAGUCUAAUCUAUUGGACUAUUUUGGUGAAAUCUGUUUCUGGUUACAAAUUACAGUUGUUUAGUUAACUUUUAUCCCAUUUUAAACUGGAAAUCUAAUAUUAAAACAUAUUCAAUGAGAAAUUUGCCCUUGUCCAAGGCAUAUUGUAGCAGCUUCUGCAAAUUUGACUUAAUCUUCAAUGAAUGGAAGCUUUUCAUAAUUUAACUUCUAGCCUUUAGAGUUGGAACCAAGGUUGAAUCAUUAUUGGCAAUGUUUUAAUCCUUUCACUAUACUGACUGAUUUAUGGUAGUGUUCAGUAAUCAUGACUGUGAAGUAUUCAAGUAAUACAAUUGCUGUGUAACACAAUAUUUCAUUAUUAAAUACAUUAUUUUAUACAUAUACCAGCACUUCCUAGUGUGAUGUUUUGUUUGUUACUAAUGCCUUUAAUUAAAGCUCACCUUAGUAAAUGCAAACUUCAAUUGAGAGUACUGAGAUAAGGUGGUGUGCAAGUUAUCAGAUGAUAUGCUGAUACAACUAAAGAAACCUGAAACUUGGGAUGUAACCUGAAUUUUUGAAAGUGUAAAGUUGCUGCAGACUUAAUACUUGCAAGAUUUGUCACUUUUAUCCAACUAAGGGUGAAUUUCUACCCCAAUUUGUUUUUUUUGUAACAAGAUUCACUUCAUUAUUUUGUUAAACAUCUAUAAUUUAUGUAGAUUUUGUGAAUUAAAAAAAGGAUCAUUAGCAUAUUAAAUGUGGGUGCUGGGAUGGGUAAGAGUAGAUUUUGACUAUAUUAAAAAUGUUUGCACUUUAUAUGUGGUUUUUACUAAAAUGCACUUUCUAGCAACCAAACAUAAACCAAUAAUAAUUGUUUCUUGACAGGAAAAAGGACUUGAUAACCAGAAACAGAGCCAUCAUAAAAUGUCUUAUUUCAUAAAAUAUAAAAAUGUCCCAUUUACUGCACUUUAUUAAAUAACCUUUUAUCCACAGGAUUUAAAUUUUUCAGUGGCAAAUACAUGUCCAUUAUAGUAAUUGGAUUUGAUAAUUAAAGCUUGUCUAAUACUAUGUUGAUCUUUUGUGAUUGUGAUUUUUUUUUAAACAAAAAAAAUAAAGGCACUAAAAUAUUGUCUUUUAA